AUGUCAUUUUUUUUCCUUACAAAGGAAGAAAUUGUUGAAACCCUCAUCAUAACUGGUGAUUCAUGGAGACUACAUGAACUGGUUGACAGAUUCUUCAUGAAAGUAUUAAAUGUCAACAGGGAGUCUAUGGUUGAAACAUACACUAUUCAGAUUGAAGAAAUUGCACUGAAGCUGUGGAACUGGACAGUUACUAAGAGAAUAGAAUUGUCUAUGAGUAAAAGCCAGACAGCUAAAUUGUGUUAUAUUGCUUGCAAGCUGGUAUGUAUGCAUGGAAUCUCAGCUCCUUCAGAAGAAGCUAUUCAAAGGCAGAUUUGGAUGAAUAUGAAAACAGGAAAAGAAUGGUUAGAUACUGGAAAUGCUCUGAUGGCUGAUGAAUUUUUUCAAGCUGCCAUGGCUAAUCUGGAGAGAUUGUACAUCAAACUAAUGCAGAGCUGCUACACCGAGCCUAGCUUGACCAUGUGCAAGAUCACUGUGGAGAAAGGCAUCUUCCUUGUGCUUUCUUACCAAGCUGAGUCAGCUGUUGCUCAAGGGGAUUUCAAGAAAGCAUCUACGUGCGUAUUACGUUGUAAAGAUAUGCUGAUGAAGCUCCCUGAAAUGACAAAAUAUCUUCAUGUACUCUGUUACAACCUUGGAGUAGAAACAGGCAAGCAGAAUAAAUGUAGAGAGACCUCAUUCUGGCUUAGGCAAAGCUAUGAAAUUGGGAAGAUGGAUAAGGAUUCUGUUGAACCAGAAAUGCUGGCUAAAGUGCUGCGGUUACUAGCCACCGUUUAUUUGGAUUGUGAUGAUGAAGAAUAUUAUAAUAAGGCCCUCGUUGCUAUAUUCCUAGCAAAUAAGGAACAUUUAGAUCCAGCUGGGCUUUUCUUAAAGAUGAGAAUCCUCGUGAAAGGCAAAGCAUGUAAUGGAGAGCUCCUUGAAGCUACUAGGGAAAUCUUAUAUUUUGCUAUGCCUUUGACGUUCUGCCUGAGAAUUAUUCAGUUCCUGAUAAAUAAUAAAAGAGAUUUUGUUGGAUUUUAUUUUCUGAGGAUCAUCUCUGAUCAUUUUAAGUUGCCAGAAGAUAGGAAGAGAAUUGUGUUACUCUACAUUGACAUACUUUUACAAAAGGAUUACAACCUGAAUGCUGAAGAGGAGAUUAAAGAAAUCCUUAUAGGUCACCAAACAAGAAACCGACUGACAAGAGAUUUAGUAAAUUGGUUACACAACAUUCUAUGGGAAAAAGCUGCCAGAAGUUUUAAGAUCAGAAAUUAUGCCAGUGCCCUACACUGGUACAGUUACUCUCUGAAGUUGUAUGCGUGUGAUCAAGUGGAUCUGGAUUUGGUCAAGCUGAAGAGGAACAUGGCUUCCUGUUACUUACAUUUGAAACAACUUCGUAAGGCUAAAGAGGCUAUAGCAGAAGCUGAGCAAUGGGAUCCUACAAACAUUUUUACACAGUUUUAUCUAUUCAAGAUUGCAGUCAUGGAGGGAAACUCUGACAGAGCUUUACAGGCAAUCGAUACUUUAAAGAUGUUAUUAACAGAUGAAAAAUCAUAUGAUAAUAGUCUAUUUGAGAGUGGAGUUUCAACUACCAAAAUCCUGAGGUUAGCUGUACAGUGUGCUCUAGAGAAUGGACAACAGUCUGUGGCAGGAAAAGCUUUGGAAUAUUUAUAUGAACUUUCAGAAGACCCAGAAGAAGUACUUGGAGCUUUAAAGUGUCUUGUUCGAAUUGUUCUUCCACAAGUUUCUCAUAUGCCAGAAUCUGAAAAUAAAAAGAAAGAAAUGGAUAGACUUUUUACUUACUUGAAUACAGCAUUCCACCAGUUUUCUCAGCAUUUUGAUGAAGAUCUGCCAACUUUGGAUUCUUGGCUCAAUGAUGCCAGUUGGUUCAGAAAAAUAGCUUGGAACUUAGCUCUGCAAUCUCAGAAGGAUCUAGAGACAAUGAAAGACUUUUUCAUGGUUUCUUAUAAGCUGUCCCUGUUUUGUCCUUCUGAUCAAGGACUACUGAUUGCACAGAAAACAUGUUUACUUGUAGCAGCUGCAGUUGAUCUAGAGCAAGGAAGAAAAGCUACAACAAUUUCCGAACAGGUAAUGUUACUGAGAAUGGCACUUGAGCAGAUCCAGAGAUGCAAAUAUGUUUGGAAACUCCUGAAACAAACAGGAGACUUCUCAGGUGAUGACUGUGAGGCAGUGCUUCUGCUGUAUGAGUUUGAAGUUAAAACCAAAAUGAAUGAUCCAUCACUGGACAGCUUCAUGGACUCAGUUUGGAAGAUGACUGAUUUGGAAAGCAGAACACUUGAAACAAUGGCAUUGCUAGCUAUGGAUAAGCCUGCACACUAUCCUACUAUUGCACAGGAGGCCUUGAAAAGACUUUUAUUGAUCUAUAAAAAGAAAGAGCCAAUUGAUGUUUUGAAAUACAGUGAAUGUACACGCAAGUUGAUUGACCUUUUGGUGUCAGAUGGAGUAUCAAGUAUCGUGCUGUAUCCUCUGCAAGAAAUUUGGGGCCAUUUUAAAAAUGCUCUGAGCCUCCUUAGCCAAACUGAGGGCUAUCCAGAGGAGGAGGUUCUAUGGCUAAUGACCAAGUCUUGGAAUAUUGGCGUAUUGAUGUAUAGCAGGAACGAGUAUGUAUCUGCAGAGAAAUGGGCUGGGAUGGCAUUGGAUUUCCUUGGCCGCCUUGGCUCCCUCAAAAUAAACUACGAAGCUAAGGUGAAUCUUCUAUAUGCCACCCUCAUGGAAGCAUUAGAUAAACGGUGGGACUUAGGGUCUGCAGAGAUGGCUGAGCAGCUAAGAGCACUGACUGCUCCUCCAGAGGACCAGGGUUCAAUUCCCAGCACCCACAUGGCAGCUCACAACCCUCUGUAA